AUGCCCGACGACAACACCCCGCCGUCCCCGCCCGCUGCAGCUACGACCGCCGCCAUGGCCGCGCCCGCCGUGCACCACCUCUCUCACGCGCCGACGCCGUACCGCGCCUCCUCGCUGCCGCAGCAGCUGAAGCGGCUAGCAGCUGAAGCGGCUAGCUCGGAACGCUGGGGACAGCUCGUCGAGAAACUCAAGGGGAUCCGCGAGCUCGCCAUCUUCCCCGUGCGCAGCGAGGAGGAGACGCGCGCGCUCGUGCGUGCGCACAAGGCCGAGCUGGCCUCCCAGGCGUCCCAGGUCGGCGAGGAGGAGACGGAGGAGAAGGACGGAGAGGAGGGCGAGGAGAAGGACGGCGAGAGGAAGCUGCUCACAGCGCCUGAUGACAGCCCUAAGAGCGCGAGCAUCAGUCUCGCCGAGACGGCCGAGGAGAGCGUUGCGCCUCCGCUGACUACGAGCCAGCUGCACGCCGACCCGAGCGUGCUCGGCCCCGCGCUCCGCGAACUCGCGUCAAGCAUGGAGGCGACAGCGACGACACGCACGUCCCUCCUCUCCACGCUCGAGGGGUACACUUCCGGCCUGCACCGCGAGCUGUUCCUGAGCCGCGGCGCAAACUCCUCCCCGUGGAGCAAGGGCACGAGCUCCGUCGGUCUCGGCACGCUCAGCGCCAACCUCGCCAAGGCGGGCGGCAACACGGACUCGCCCCUUGGUCUCCCUGCUGCCAAAAGCGAGGAGUGGGACGCUGUCCGUCGCGAGGUCCGCGCGAUCAAGGGCAUCCUCCUCAACAGGCGCAACUUUGCGCCCGCCAGGCCUGUCCACUAG